AUUUUUUUUAAAAAGUGAACCCUAACGUAAAUUAUAGACAUUGGGUGAUAAUGAUGUGUCAGUGCAGGUUCACUGAUUGCAAGAAAUGUGCCACUCUGGGAUGUUGGUAGUAGGGGAGGUUAUGUGUGUGGGAUCAGUAUAUGGGGGCCCUCUAUACUUUCUACUGCACCUAAAACUUCUCUAAAAGAAUAAAGACUUUUAAAAAGGUGUUCAAUAUUAGCCUUUAGGAAAAUACAAGGUAAAACCACAGUGAUUAUCCUCUGUAUGCCUACUGAAAUGCUAAAAUUGAGGAGGUUGACCAUACCAAAUGUUGGCAACAAUAUGGAGGAACUGGAACUCUCAUAUAUUGUUGGUAGGGAUGCAAAAUGGUUUAAUCAUUUUGGAAAGAUGUUUGACAAUUUUUUAAAAAACUAAAUACUCCUACCAUAUGAUGCAGCCAUUUCACCUUUAGGAGUUAAGAGAAUGGAAAAUAUUUUAUCCUUAUAAGGACUUGUAUACAAAUAGUUAUAACAGCUUUAUUUGUAAUAGCAAAAAAUGAAACAAUGUCCCUCAACAGAUGAAUGGUUAAAUACAUUGUAGUAUGUCCAUAAAAUGAAAUGCUACUUACCAAUAAAAAUGUACUACUGAUAAAACAAUAUGGAUGACUCUCAAAAUAAUUAUGCUGAAUGAAAGAAGCCAGACAAUAAAAGAAUACGUAUUGUGUGGUUCCAUUUAUACAAUAAUUUAGGAAGUACAAACUAAUCUAUAGUGACAGAAAGCAGGGGAUGGUGGAGGAGGUGAGGAAGAGUGGAAGAAGGGACUAAAAAGGGGCCUAAACAACUUCUGGGGGUGAUGGAUAUGAAUACUAUCUUAAUUGUGGGAAUGGUUUUAGGGAUGUAUACAUAUGUCAAAAUGUAUCAAAUUGUACACUUUAAAAAUGUACAAUUUAUUGUAUAUUAGUUAUAUUCCAAUAAAGCUGUUUAAAAGAAAGAGCUAUUAUCCAGCUUAGAACUAUGCUUUGGGGACAAUUGUUAAUGCUUUCUCAAUUUGAAAAAUGACCAAAGCUUUUUAGGAAUUCUGAUCACCAAAUUAGCAAGAGUGGUGUCUAUGUUUGAGAAGAAAAAUACACACCAUAGAAACUUGCCUUAAAAUUUUUCAGUUACUUUCCCACAUUGUCUCUGUGGCAAUUUCAGUUUGAGUAAUCUGUUUAUUUUUAAUCGCUGUAAUUAUUCCCUGAACACCCACCUUGCUUCAGUUUCCCUGGCCCCAUCCCUCUCCAUGUACCAUAGAGAUUAACUAUGAGUUCGUUGGAAAUAAUGGAUGGGAAGGGGCAAAAAGGCAAUAGAGUGGUUUUAUUAGAAGAUAAGACCAGUCAGCCAAGAAAAAUAUCCUUUGGAACCAGGCUAAAUCCAUCACUAAGAUUCUGAACCCAAAACUCCAAGAUCACCAGUAACACUGGAUUCCAAUGCUGUCCUCUAUUUUUGUGUUUACAAUCAGGGUUUGACAAUAGCUGCAGUUCCCAACUAUAAGACUGAGUCAUCGUAGGAAGAAAAAACAUACAGCAGUCAAGAAAACAAUUAUAUGCAACUCACAUCUGCUAACUCAAACUGUGCGGGCCUGGGCUGCUUCUCAGCCCCAACUGUAGUCACAGCAGUGAUGAGCACCUUGCGAUGCACACUCUAGCAAUAUCAUUAAAUCGUAAGGAGCAGCUGAAUAACCUAACAAAAAAGAUAAACUAUUUCAUUUUUUAGGUCCUUACAUAGCUUAUGCCUUUCUCUUUGGCUUAGUUUAAAUUCAAAACUCUGAUAUUUGGGGUAAGGUCUUACCUUCUUUCUGCUGUGUCUGCUGAAUAAGGCAAGUAUUAGGAAGAAAAGCAUACAGGCUAGCAAGGAUGAUGGUUCUCUCAGAGUUGGGUUUGCUAUAGGAGCUUUGGCUGUCAGGUUCAGCUCAGCAAAUUAACGGUGGUUUUUUUUUGUUUGUUUUUUUCUAGGCUAAAUGUUUUUGCUUCAAAAUUCCUUUCUUCCAGUUUUUGAGCUAAGGUGGCUGGGUACUUUGGGCUGCUGGGUCCUUUCAGGUGACAAGGGAGACCAGGUUGGGGAGUACGGCUAGUGCUCAGGAGCUCCCCGGGCAGUUCUGUAGAUGACGACCAAAGUUUUGCAUCAACUUAAAUUUGCAGAAAGAAGAGCCCAGCCCCCAAAGGCUGAUGGACCCGGCGCCCAGCAGUGGGAUCCAGCAAGGAAUGAAAAGUUGCAAGAACUUUUUCUGCACGAAGUACGAAUGGGAGAGCUUUGGCUAUCUAGAGGAGAGCACAGAAUGGGGGUUGAACAUCUCAGCAAUGCCCUUUCAAUGUGUGGGCAACCACGGGAACUUGUGAAGGUUUUUAAACACACACUCCCUCCCAAGGUAUUUGAGAUGCUGUUACAUAAAAUUCCCCUGAUUUGCCAGCAAUUUGAGGCAGACAUGAAUGAAGAAUACUUGGAAGAUGAUCCUGAUUGAAAAAACACUUCAACGUAUCCACAGUCCAGUCAGAAUACUAUAUUAUGAUAUUAUAUAAACAACUGCGCAGUGAUAUUUCCAUUUAUUUAACUUUUAGAAAUAAAAAUUGUUUCUAUCUCAU